UCUUUAUUAUUUAUUUAUUUGUAUUUUGCUUUUUCACUUUCAGACGGGACUAUUGAGAAAACGUCCAUGUCAUAAAAUUCAUUAGUGUACAGUCAUAAAGUGACUGCCCGCUCACCCCCAUGGGAAUGUUGUAAUUAUUCCUCCUUCAUGAAAGUGAGAAUAAAAAAAAUAACCAGAAGCAAUUGGAGCUUGCCUUCACACAGUGUAUCAGAAUAAAAGUGGAAAACACAGUUCCAUCAUGGUUACUUAUAUACUUUAUAAAUUACAUAAUAAUGUAAAGAAAAAAUUUGUUUUAUGUCUCACAGGGGCUCCGAAACCUAAGCUGCAUUACAGAAAGGAAGUAGAAAUUAGAACCACACUUCAGGAGUUGUCACUCUACUUUAUUUUUUUAAUAAACCUAUGUAUAUUGACUUUUGGCAUGGUAAACCCACAUAUGUAUUACUUAAACAAAGUUAUGUCAUCUCUAUUUUUGGACACUUCUGUGCCUGGUGAUGAAAGAACCAACUUUAAGUCUAUUCACAGCAUAACUGAUUUUUGGAAGUUUAUGGAAGGACCCCUUUUGGAAGGUCUGUACUGGGAUGCAUGGUACACGAACAAGACUUUGUAUAAUCUAAAGAACAGCAGUCGCAUCUACUAUGAGAACAUACUUUUAGGAGUGCCCAGAGUCCGUCAACUAAGAGUCCGCAACAACACAUGCAAGGUCUAUUCAUCCUUUCAGUCUUUGAUGAGUGAAUGUUAUGACAAAUACACUUCUAGCAAUGAAGAUACGUCUGAUUUUGGCCUUAAGCAGGAAACUGAAUGGAAGUACUCUACUCCUAAUAGUAGCUCCCCUUGGCACUGGGGAUUUGUUGGUGUUUACCGAAAUGGGGGAUUUAUUUUCACUUUAUCAAAAUCAAAAUCUGACACAAAAAGCAAGUUCAUUAACCUUCGACUCAACAGCUGGAUCACAAGAGGGACCAGAGUUAUUUUCAUUGAUUUUUCGUUAUACAAUGCUAACAUAAACCUGUUUUGCAUCAUCAGAUUGGUGGCAGAAUUCCCUGCAACUGGAGGAAUCAUUACUUCAUGGCAGUUUUACUCUGUGAAGCUCCUCAGAUACGUUAGCCACUAUGAUUAUAUUAUUGCUUCCUGUGAAAUCACAUUUUGUAUUUUUCUUAUUGUCUUCACAACACAAGAAGCUCAAAAAAUAAGAGAAUUUAAGUCUGCCUAUUUCAAAAGUGUUUGGAACUGGCUAGAAUUACUACUUCUGGUGUUGUGUUUUGUGGCCGUUUCCUUCAACAUAUACUGUAAUAUACAAAUUUUUCUCUUACUUGAAGACCUGUUAAAAAACACUGAAAAAUAUUCAGACUUCUAUUUUCUUGCAUACUGGUACAUUUAUUACAACAAUAUAAUUGCUAUUACCAUCUUUUUUGCAUGGAUAAAGAUAUUCAAAUUCAUAAGCUUUAACAAGACAAUGUCUCAGCUGUCAACAACCUUGUCCCGCUGUCUCAAAGACAUAGUAGGAUUUGCCAUCAUGUUUUUUAUAAUAUUCUUUGCUUAUGCUCAGUUAGGAUUUCUUGUUUUUGGAUCACAAGUUGACGACUUUUCCACUUUUCAAAAUGCCAUAUUUGCACAAUUCCGAAUUGUUCUUGGAGAUUUUAAUUUUGCUGGUAUUCAGCAAGCCAAUCGUAUCUUGGGGCCCAUUUACUUCAUCACUUUCAUCUUUUUUGUGUUCUUUGUCCUGCUGAACAUGUUCUUGGCAAUUAUUAACGAUACCUAUUCUGAAGUGAAAGCUGAUUAUUCAAUAGGCAGAAGGCCAGAUUUUGAACUUGGUGAAAUGAUUAAAAAGAGUUACAACAAUGCUCUUGAAAAACUUAGACUGAAGAAACCUCAAAAGGAUGAAGACGAUAAAAGUAUGAAAGGCGAUUUGGCUGAGCAAGCCAGAAGAGAAGGCUUUGAUGAAAAUGAGAUUCAAAGUGCAGAGCAGAUGAAAAAGUGGAAAGAGAGGCUUGAGAAAAAGUAUUAUUCUUCAGAAAUUCAAGAUGACUACCAGCCUGUCACGCAACAAGAAUUUCGAGAACUCUUUUUAUAUGCCGUGGAGCUGGAGAAAGAAUUACACUACAUCAGUUUAAAACUAAACCGAGUGAUGAGAAGGAUUUCAGCUCUACAAAAUUAAGACAAGUGCAGUCAUUCUGUAAGAAAAAGGCAACCGAAGAAUUCAAUGUGAAGAUGUUCCUCUCAAUUUUCUUCAGUAAUUAAAAAAAUAAUAAUAAAAGCAAAGUUGGUAACAACAAAA